AUGGAGGAUGACUACCACAUUGCCCCUAAGAGGCGCAGACUCGACUCCUAUCAACCAUGUCCCUCUACCGAUCGCUCCUCACGGCCACACCAGACACCGCGAUUCCACGAUUCUUCACGUGCGCAAACCCCGCGAGACCACAAUGCCGGCUCAACCCCCCGCCAGCGGGAGUUCGAUGGGCCUGAACCCCAAAUUGAUGAAGAAGCUGUCAUGGCAUUGGAUAGGGACUGGUACGGCGGUGAGGAGUACGGCGGCCAUAGCCUUGGAGACGACACGCACAAUCCCUUUGGAGAGGACAGCGCCUGGCUGGAUCAGCAGCGCGAAGCGGCAAUGGCCGAAAAAAAGACCAGCAAACGCAUGAACGCGCGUCAAGUUCAAAAGCAGAAGGACGUAGAUGCUUGGGAGACGAACCGGAUGCUCACCUCCGGAGUGGCUCAGCGGCGCGACUUUAGCGGCGAUUUUGAAGAUGACGACGAGGGGACUCGCAUCCACUUGUUGGUUCACGAUCUCAAGCCGCCCUUCCUGGACGGACGGACUGUCUUCACGAAGCAGCUGGACCCCGUGUCGGCGGUAAAGGAUCCGCAAAGUGACAUGGCCGUCUUCAGUCGCAAGGGAAGCAAGGUCGUGCGCGAGAGAAGACAGCGGAGAGAGAGGCAACAGCAGGCCAAGGAGUCUACCAACAUGGCGGGCACUGCGCUGGGGAACAUCAUGGGGGUCAAAGAGGAUGAUGGUGACAGCGCGGCGCCAGCUGCUCCAGGCCAGCCGGAAGAACCGGAGAAGAAGGGCGGCAGCCAGUUUGCCGAGCAUCUUAAGAAGAGCGAGGGUCAGAGUGCUUUCAGCAAAAGCAAGACGCUCCGCGAGCAGCGAGAGUACCUCCCCGCUUUCGCCGUACGAGAGGAGCUCCUGCGGGUAAUCCGGGAUAAUCAAGUCAUCAUUGUUGUGGGGCAAACAGGGUCCGGUAAGACGACGCAGCUGACGCAGUUUCUUCACGAAGAUGGUUACGGAAGCUUUGGCAUGAUUGGAUGCACUCAGCCAAGACGUGUGGCAGCGAUGAGUGUGGCCAAGCGUGUCAGCGAAGAGAUGGAAGUCAAGCUCGGUGGCCUUGUUGGAUACGCUAUCCGUUUCGAGGACUGCACCAGCAAUGAGACCGUAAUCAAGUACAUGACUGAUGGUGUAUUGCUGCGAGAGUCUCUGGUUCAGCCCGAUCUCGACAAGUACUCUGUCAUCAUCAUGGAUGAAGCCCACGAGCGAGCCCUGAACACGGACGUCCUCAUGGGCCUGAUCAAGAAGGUGCUCGCUCGGCGCAAGGACCUGAAGCUGAUUGUCACAUCUGCCACUAUGAACGCGGAGCGCUUCUCCCGAUUCUACGGUGGUGCCCCAGAGUUUUUCAUUCCUGGUAGGACAUUCCCUGUCGACAUUCAGUUUUCCCGCUCGCCUUGCGAAGACUACGUCGACAGUGCCGUGCGGCAGGUUCUAGCCAUCCACGUCUCGCAAGGUCCCGGUGAUAUACUGGUAUUUAUGACGGGCCAAGAAGAUAUCGAGUGCACCUGUGAGCUUGUUGAUGAGAGAUUGCACCAGCUUGUUGAUCCUCCUAAACUCAGUAUCCUGCCAAUCUACAGUCAGAUGCCAGCGGAUUUGCAAGCGAAAAUCUUCGAGAAAGCUGCCCCUGGUGUUCGAAAGGUCAUUGUUGCCACCAACAUUGCUGAGACCAGUUUGACGGUCGAUGGAAUCAUGUACGUCGUCGAUUCUGGGUUUUCCAAGUUGAAGGUCUACAAUCCUCGCAUGGGUAUGGAUACGCUUCAAAUUACUCCUAUAUCACAGGCAAACGCGUCUCAGAGAGCGGGUCGAGCCGGAAGAACUGGCCCAGGAAAGUGUUUUCACCUCUACACAGAGAGGGCCUUCAAAGAGGAGUUCUACAUGCAGACUAUUCCAGAAAUCCAGAGGACGAAUUUGGCGAACACCGUCCUUCUGCUCAAGUCGCUUGGCGUCAAGGAUCUCCUCGAUUUCGACUUCAUGGACCCACCUCCACAAGAAACCAUCUCGACUUCACUUUUCGACCUUUGGGCGCUCGGAGCGCUCGACAACCUGGGCGAGUUGACGUCGCUCGGUAGGACCAUGACGGCUUUUCCCAUGGACCCUCCACUUGCAAAGCUGAUCAUCACGUCUCACGAGUACGGUUGCAGCGAGGAAAUGCUCACGAUUGUGUCGAUGCUGUCGGUCCCGAAUGUCUUCUACCGCCCGAAGGAGCGCUUGGAGGAAGCGGACGCGGCGCGCGAGAAGUUCUGCGUGCCCGAGUCGGAUCACCUGACUGUUCUCCACGUCUACACGCAGUGGAAGGCCAACCGGCACUCUGACGGCUGGUGCAUCAAACACUUCCUGCACCCCAAGGCGUUGCGACGAGCCAAGGAGAUUCGGGAGCAGCUGGAAGACAUUAUCAAGCAGCAAAAGCUGACGCUGACCAGCUGCGGGACGGAUUGGGAUGUCAUUCGCAAGUGCAUCUGCUCGGGGUACUACCACCAAGCGGCGCAAGUGAAGGGAAUCGGGGAGUACAUCAACCUGCGGACCAGUGUUACUGUGCAGCUUCAUCCGACGAGCGCGCUCCAUGGACUCGGCAUCCUUCCCGACUAUGUCGUGUAUCACGAGCUUAUCUUGACGUCCAAGGAGUACAUGUCGUACGUCACUGCGGUUGACCCGCACUGGCUUGCCGAUCUUGGCGGCGUUUUCUACUCGGUGAAGGAGAAGGGCUACUCGGCUCGCGACAAGCGCGUCACGGAGAUUGAGUUCAACAAGAAGGCGGAGCUGGAGGCCAAGAUGGCGGAGGAUAAGGAAAGGGAGGCGCAGAGGGUCGCCAACGAGCAGCAGGCCAAGACGGCAGUCAGGCGGCCAACGACGGCGGUGCGGAGAAUUGCGACGCAGGGCGCGGUGCGCAGGCCAACGACGCCGAGAUCAGGACGUGGAUUCUAG